UCCGCCCCCGCGCUGCUCGGUGCCGGUGCUGCAGCUGGGCCGUGCGCCUGCGGUGUCGGGGGUGGGGCCGGCAGUGGCGGGAUGGCGGCGGCCAUGGCGAGCUCGGGGGAAAGGGCAGUGCUGGAAGAAGAAUUUAAAUGGCUUUUACAAGAAGAGGUCCAUGCUGUUUUGAGACAGCUGCAAGAUAUUUUGAGGGAGGCCUCCCACCGCUUUGCYCUCCCCACCACUGCCUCAGGAGGAGCUGACAAGCAGGAGAACUUUGUACUAAGCAUGUCAGGCACAGACCAGGUGAAAGGCAUGUUGACACUGCAGGGAGAUGCACUGUGUCAAGCUGAUGUUAAUCUGAAAAUGCCGAAAARCAAUCAGCUCCUGCAUUUUGCAUUCCGGGAAGACAAGCAGUGGAAAUUGCAGCAGAUCCAGGAUGCUAGAAACCAUGUGAACCAAGCCAUUUACCUGCUUGUGAACAGAGAUGUGAACUACCAGUUCAAAACAGGCUUGGAGGUGCUCAAGCUUAUGGAUGCUGUGAUGUUGCAGCUCUCCAGAGCCCGAAAUCGGCUGACCACUCCUGCAACUCUGACUCUACCAGAAAUUGCCUCCAGUGGUCUCACGAAAAUGUUCACCCCUGCGCUGCCUCCAGACAUCCUUGUGAAUUUCUAUAUUAACCUGAACAAGCUGUGCCUCACUGUCUACCAGCUCCACGUGCUGCAGCCCAGCACAACCAAGAACUUCAAGCCUGCUGGAGGGUCUGUUUUGCACAACCCUGGGGCCAUGUUUGAGUUUGGCAGCCAGCGGUAUGAAGUCAGCCAUGUCCAUAAAGUGGAAUGUGUUGUCCCAUGGUUAAAUGAUGCCCUUGUCUUCUUCACAGUUUCACUGCAGCUUUGCCAGCAACUGAAGGAUAAGAUCUCUGUUUUCUCCAGUUACUGGAACUACAGGCCAUAUUAAUUCUCUGCAGAAUGAUCUAAGCCUUUACAGUACUUCCCAUGUCUCUGUGUUCUCUCCUGUGAGCUGAGACCAGGUCAGCCUGAGGAGUGUUAGGGUUCACUGCCAGAUGCCCUCUACAGGGCACAGUCAGUGUACCCAGAGACACAGCUUUAGUAGCCUUGCCUGGGAUUGCUGCAUAAGCAGGGCACCAAGUAGUGCUGGGUGGUUGCCUGGAGCUUCCACCGGUCCCUUUUGUGYGUUGUGUGGCUCACAUUUCCUAAGCCCCUGAUGAAUUACACAGGUCUGUUAAAAGGGGUGGGUUCUCUAGACUACCCUCACUAACUAGAUCUGUGCAUUGUGCUGUAUCUAACUCUUGGAUGUGAGGUGGCUGAGAAGGAGGGAAAACAGGCUAAGUUAACACACCUGUUAAAAGGUAGGGCACGUUGCUCUAUGUAAUGAAAUAAUGUUUCUGUGAUCUGGUCCAGCUGCGCUUAUGACUAACCUUGAGUGACUCUCUCCCCUGCCUGUUCUGUCCAUGCCCAUGUUACUGAUUCCCUUUUGGGGAUGCUUGUACUUGCUUGUACUUGUUUGAAUUCUUUUCCCCCUCAUCCAGCAUCAAUGUGAUAAUUAUUUUUUCCUAAGCCCUAGUUGGGCCAGUUGGUCUUUUCCAGGUUUAGUAUCUUGUUUUCACUGCCAGCCUUUGGAGUUGCCUUGGUGUACCUUGUGCAGUCUUUCAUCUUGUCAUUAAACCCAAAGUGAGUACCRCAUUGCUACUAUGACUUGCUGCCUGUGGAUGCUACAAUGUGUAAYUACUCCCUUUAGCCAUUGAUAACCCUGAAAUAAAGACCCUCAGACCUGCAGUGCUCCUGUGGCCUGUGGAAGAGUGUCUGAGAUCCUGUGCUCUCUCAUGAGUGUUUCUCGGUUAUGCAUGCUGGGUUGUCUUUCGCUUGUUGGGAGGACAGUAGUGGUUUCUGGGGGCACAGCUGGGUAGCUCUUCAAAGGCUGGGCCUGUUUUCAUAGCCUCAGCUCAGUGCUGUUUGAUAUCUGAAUACUACCUGAAGCAGUUUUCCAAACGUGCCUUGACAGUUAUGUUUGGAAGAGGCUGUAGACACUGAGACUGGGUUGGGUUGGCUCAUGGAGCUGGUUGCAAGUGAUGAGGAAGCAUCUGACCUGUCUCYUGGGUGGCUUCAGCUAGCUGUGUCCAGACUGUUUCUGGUGGCUUCCCUUACUGGAAUUCCUUACCCAAGGUCUGGCAUGCAUGCUGAACUGAGGAUUGCAGAUUCACYGCAUUUCCCAGAAAACCUCAGGGCUACUGGACAAGCUCGGUUGCCCAUUGACAUGUUGGUGGUUUUACAAGUACUAACCAGAGCUCUGUGCUCAAAAGGAAGAGAUCACAGAAUGACUGAGGAUGGAAGAGGGAUCUCUGGGGUCUAUCUGGUCCAAUUCCCCUCUCAAGAAGGGCCAUCCAAACCUUGUCUCCCUAAGACCAUGUCCAGAGGGGUUUUGAAUCCUUCCAAGGAUGGAGACUAGAGAUCAAUUUGUUGCUUUAAUUUUUAUUUGUUCUGCAUCGACCUCUGCUCUGGACUUGUGGCCUGCCUUGUCUACACUCUCCCUUCCUGCCCCUUUGCAAGAUCCCUGGGAUCCUCUGUGGGUUAGUACCAGCCUUGUACUGCUGGAGCUUCCUCUGGGUGACUUGGUGCCGUGUAUGGUCUAAUGCUUUCUAAUGUCAUGGGUUGCAGAGAGUAACAGAGCUUACAUGUAAGCAUCAGAUUGUGACUCAUGAAUGUGUGGUGGUGAUGGAUGUGGAAGGUGGAGAGGCCUGGGUGGACUGAUGCAGUAGCAGACUUGUUACUGAUUCAAGUCAAUUAACCAAAUGCUGCUGUGUCACUGGAACAGCAUGAAACAGUCAAUAUCUGCUUUUUCUUGCACUGUGUUUUUAUUGUCUUUUUUGAGCUUGAUUUGGGGAACUUAGAGUUCACAUGAUCCAAACCUCUCCUUGUGGCUCUUUCUUUUUCCCUUUUGUCCAGGGAAUCUCUGCUUUGUCUUUAGGGGAUAGAGGCUGUCUCUUUAGUUCCACUGGCUGUCUGCUUUUGAUGGCUCUAGCAGCUGAGUUGCUGCUGCCCGGAUGCUGCUAGUUCCGGAACCACAGAAGACGCUGAUCAUGGGCCCCUGCUGAUGAGCUGCUGCAUCCUCUUCUGAUAGGAAUUGGAGUUGCCUGAGCUAAGCUGGAGAGUACACUGGGCAGCUUUCAAUAAUUGCAGCAGGCUAGUGACAGCAGAAUCACAGAUCAGGAGAGGAAUAAAGAAACUUUUCUGGCUGCCCAUAAUCUAUGUCAGUCUGAGCAGGUGUUUCUGUAUUGUGCACAAAGCAUUGAGAGACAUGAGCAGAAUCCUGUGGUGCUCUUCCCAGCAUCUUGGCACUGAGCAGACAGGAAUGUUUCCUUGCUGAGAGCUAAGGCUAAAUGUUUGUAAAGAUAGAGUAAUCUCUUCCUGGAGCUGGAGUUGAAACUACAAGUAUUCGUGUGUGCUGAUGCUGGUCAGCUCAAGACUUGCCACUGCCAGGACUUUCCUGGAAUUGCAACUAACAUCACUGGCCUCAUYCUGCCUUCCAGUUACAGUGGGAACAUCAGAAGGGCAUGUACCACCAYUCUGAUUCAUGAAGGUACUUGGCUGCCUUUCAGGGUACUGCCUUCCGGAGUUGGUGUUCUCGGAACAGAAUCGUGUAUUUCAUGUUCUGUGUGUGCCCCAGUAAAAAGGGUUACACUGCCCAUUUUGGGGGAAGAUUAUAUCACCCAUCUCUGUUAGCAUCCCGUAUUUCAACAAGUGCCUCUGGGCUGGCUACUCUGUUUUCCCCAUUAGGACUUGGAAGUGUUUGAAGUGCUAUAUAUCUACAUCACACAGGGCAGGGAAACCCACAAACACCAUCUGAGUUCAGGCUGCUUGUGGGAGUGUUAUACAAGGUGACAACAGUCUCAGGCAUGUGGUGGGAUUCUUGGGGCUGUCCUGUGCAGGGACAGGAGUGGGACUUGACGAUCCUUGUGCAUCCCUUCCAACUCAGGGUAUUCUGUGAUUUUGUAAUGUAAGUGGAGUGGCCACACGCUAUGUUCUCCCUCCAUGGCUGGGCUGCAUGAGUUGCUGGGAUCAGAGCAGCCACCUGUCCAGCCCAGCUCCAAGGGACRCUCUCUGUCAAGUCUCAUGCUGAGCUCUGCAAUCACCUGUGAAAGUGGCAAAGACAGCAAUGUCCCACUCAGCCUCAAAGAAUCUUCUUGCCAGUCAGCUCAGGAAGUUGUGUAUCUCAUUUCCCAGGUCUGGGCUUUGGCUUGGCUCCUUUUCUGCUCAGAGCUUCUCAGGGUGGGGACCUGGGGACCUGCUGGGCAGAAAGACAGUCUCUGUGAGCUGGGGGGACUGGAAGAGAGGUAGCCAUGCACUCCUCAUCCCCCACUGGAGGAUGCAGGCUCACCUGAGCCUUGUAAUGCUGCCCUGGAGCUGGGGCUAGGGGCUGGCAAUGCAGAGUAGRAAAGCUAUGCCAGGCUGGAGCAGUGUGGAACAAGAUGGUUUCUGUCAUAAAGCUGCUGCUCUGGUUUGCUGCAGGCGUGUGAGCACAGGCUGUGGGGUCAGCYUGGUGCCCUGUGAUCCUCAGCAUUUUACUGAAAUCUUCCAGAAUCGUUGGGAUAAAUAAAGCCUUCUAACACUGUCUUUUUAGUGUUAGCAAGUAAGGUAUUACUUUAUUCUUGGCCAGAAGGUAUGUGUGUGGCUGACAAAAUUCCAUCCUCCACACAGACACAGACCUAUUUAUUCCCUUUUMGCAAACAAAGAAAUUAAUGGUUAUUGGUUCUAAAUUACAUAAUUCUCUUCCAUUAAUUAGUUUUCUGUCCUCAAUUAUCUUUCAUUAACUAGUUUUCUAUCCUCUAUURGUUAUUAAUUUCUCACUUCUCAUGGUAAUUAUAUUUUUUAAUCUUUUAUCUUUCCUGGGGCUUUCCARCACACACAUACUGAUCUUUUUUAGCUUCUUCUGACUUCUGCAAAAUGGCCUUGUAGUACAUAAAUUCUGUGCUUCAUGUAUCCAGUUUCAACAAUGUAUCACCCAGGCCUUGUUCRUUGAUGCCUAUCAAGGUUAGCUUAGCAAAACUUCAAAAAUGUCAGUAAUUUUCCCAUGCUGUAUUCCCACACUUACUGGUGUGAAAAAUGGGGUUAAUAUGUUGGCUUUUGCUAUAACGUUGUUAUAUGUUAAUCACAUAUGUACAUCACAACUGCGCAUGCUCUGAAGAUAAAGUUGAAAAGUCCACAAGUGAUGAUGAGUAUGGUCUCUUAUUAGUGGGAUACCCCCACGACCACCAAAUUGGGGAUGGCACAGGAGCACUUGCAGAACUGUGAUGCCAUGUAUUUCCAUGAACUCUUGAUAGAUCAAUCACUUUUUGUGGUAUCAUCGCGAAAACCCCCUUUUCUGCUAUCUCUGUAGCUGUUUCGUCAGUGAAUCAAUUUCCCUGUUUUGGAGUGGUUUUCCCCUUUUGGUGACCCCUAAAAUGCAUGAUAGCUACCUCUGURGGUUUCCUGAUGCUCUCCAAGAGGGUGAGGAUUUGCCUAGCAUGUUCAUURCCUUGAGUGUUCAACAGUCCCCUUUCUUUCCAGAUGGCUCCAUGGCAUGGACAAUGCCAAAUGCAUAUUUAGAAUCAGUCCAUAUAUUUACCUUMUUUCCUUUGCCCAGGUCUAGGGCCCUCGUAGGUGCAAUUAGUUCARCCUUCUGCGAUGACACAUCUGCUGGCAAAACUUUUGCCUCAGUCACUUCAUCUAUGGUGGUUACUGCUUAACCCAUCAUCCUCUUACCCCUCUUUAUGAAGCUGCUGCCAUCUGUGAAUAGUUCCCAAUCUGCAUUCUCUAGGGGCAUGUCUCUCAGGUCCAGCCUGCUGGAAUAGAUCUCUUCGGUUGUCUGCAAACAGUCAUGCUCAGGCACAUUGUCAAUUAAGGUAGAGGACAGAAACAUGACAGGGUUAACAACAGAAGUUGAUUUCAAGGUAACACCAUCCUGUUCCAAUAAMACAGAUUGGUAGUUAAGCAUUCUGCUAGGAGAUAGCCAGUGUCCCCCCCCACCUUUUGUUCCAGCAUGGAUACCAUUGCAUGUGGUGCAUACACAACGAUGUGCUACCCAAGGGUGAAUUUGCGGCCCUCCUGUAUUAGGAUGACAGUUGCUGCCGCAGCUCUUAAACAGCCAGGCCACCCUUCGCUAACAUUGUCCAGCUGUUUUGAGAAGUAGGCCAGAGCUCUUCGUUGAUUUCCAAGGUGCUGUGCUAGUACCCCWAGAGCAACAUUUAGUCACUCAUACAUGAAAAAUUCAAAAGGUUGGUCAGAUUGGGCAGUCCCAUUGCAGAGGCUGACAUUAGGGAGUGUUUCAGCUGUUUAAAUGCAGCUCUAGUGUCCUCAGUCCACAUAAUUAUUCCCUUCUCAGCUGCUUUUAAUACUCCAUGUAGAGGUUUUACCAGCAGUCCAUAAUUUGCUAUCCAUAAAUGGCACCAGCUUACCAUUCCCAGGAAAGCUUGCAUCUCUUACUGUAUGGGGCUCUGGAAGACAGAUACGGUUUCUUUUCGUUCUUUGCUAAGCKGUCUGUGUCCACAAAAGAUCUCRAGCCCCRAAUAAACUACUGCUUCCUUGGCAAAUCUGUGCCUUGUCUUUUGAGACUCAAUACCCACCUAAACCCAGAUAGUUCAAAAGACUUACUGUGAGCU